AGCAGAGCAGAGAAUGACGCGAGAGCUUCCCGCGUUGUGUCUGAACAGUCCGAGCUCACUGUACAAGCUCCAGCCAAUGCCAUCAAUGGCAUCGCCACCAAUUCUCUGCGACCCAGUGCUGCGUUGGAGCACUGCUAUUGGCCCUUUCACCCUUAUAUAUUUAUAACCUCAGCCUCAGCUGGGUUCAUGGCUGGGUUAACUCCACCUCCCAGAAAGUUUAUAAAGUUUUUGGCUCCUGGGCUCCAUGAAAAACUUUUCUGCAUUUGGCCAGUUUUGACAGUUGUUACAAGGAGCUCAUCCUAGUUUAAGUUGGACUCAGUGAUCACUGUUAUUUUAGUUCUAUUCAUUGUCACGUUGUAUUCAUUUGAUACUCAAGUGGGAGAAUGUCAAAACCUAUUAAGCAAACUUGUAAAUAUAUGUGAAUCGUACUUCUCCGUCUCCAGACUCUGCAGUUUCCGGUAUCACUUCCAUGAAUUUUGUUUUUCUGACGUGUUUGAAUCAGUAAUGAUAUUGUUCAUGCAUUGUUGUUCUAAAUUUCAGAAUUCAGAUUAUGAAUAUUGAGCUCUUGUUUUCAGCGUCUAUGAUUCUUUGGUGGUGUUGAGCUCUUAUGAGGUGUCACUACUUGCAAAUGACCACAAGGAAAUAAAACUGCUUAGUUCUUUAACUUAGCAUAAGGGCUUCUUAAUGGGACAUUCAGAGGUUUGUAAGAACCAUAAAGUAGGACCAAAACAAUGCAUGCAGGGGUGUGACUGCCUUCAGAUACAGCAGAUACAACGAACUCUUAAUUUCAACUGUACAUCUUUUUAUAAUCCUGAUAAUUUGGCUAAAUUUGAAUGGAGGUUGUUAGUUUCUCAUCAAAGUGAUUAACUUAAUAAGUUUCAUAAGCCAAAAAUUAUAACCUUAAGUUAUUGAUAGAUGAAUUAGUUUCUCAAAAGAAAUUUACCAUUAUCCGGUCCAACUCAUCGUUAAUGUAUUACAGUAAAAGGAUUCAAUGUCUUUGAUGUUGCUUUCUGCCUAAAGGUGUGGGUGUUGUUUUUGAUAUUCUGUUUUGUGCAAUGAUCAUGCAAUUAUGUAUGCACUUGUGUGUGUUCUAUGUUUUUGACAUCAGACAAUUAGAUCAUUUUGCUGUCUUGGUAAAUUAUUUAUCAUAGGAUAAUAAAUAAUUAAAUAAAUGAAACCCUACAACUUGAUUUUGUUAACAAGAAAAAUCUCCUUGGUCAUAUGAUUGUACUGCUGCCUUUUCCACUGUGUGCAUCAUGUUUAUGGUACACAUUCCUUUCAACUCCUUGUUUUGGUCCAACUCUUAUCUUGCCCUUGAUUUUACAUGAUAGUGAAAUAAAGUUGAAAUUGGGGAAGAGUAAUGCAUACACGUUUCUUUUUUUAAUAAUUUCUGGAUCAGUGUUUUAGAAAUUCAAAUAGUUAUGCUUUAAAACCUUCAAGGCUAGCACCUAAUGUUUAUUUUGCAUGAAUUUUAUAGACUAGGAUUUCUAAGACACUGUAUAUAUUGGUUUUAAUUUUCAAUUUAAUGCUCUAAGGAGAAGGAUAAUCAUAUAAGCAGCACUUAUUUGGACUAUAUUAUCUUCAUCCUAAGAUUAGAUUGUAGGUACAUGUUAGUAUUCAUUAAUUUUUAUGUUCACUUCUUCAGUUUUGAACUAUUCUACUAUGAUGUCUGUUUGGAUAUUGUCGUAAUUCGAAUUAAUUCAUUAUAAAAUUAGGUGAUAAAGUAGACUUUCUCAUGUUUCUUUAGGCACUGAUUUCAUGAAAACCUGUUAAUAAUUGAAUUUAUGGAAAUUUAUAAAGUUGAGACAGUUGAAAAGAAAUUUUCCUGACAGAUUUUGUAUUAUAUUCAAUAUUGAUGAAUGACUCAUCUACAAAUCAUGAAAUGACUUGAAUUUUUGAUAUGUUGAACAUAUAGAUGUCUUCUUAUAUACUGAAAUGAUUGGAUAAUAAUUUUAUUUAUUGUGUAUUUUUAAGUAAUCUAUGUUCAGGAGAAAGUAUGUGCCGGCAGAUUUCAUGAGUGACUUUGGAGGCCAUUUUGGACUAUUAAUUGGAGAUAAAACGACUCCACAUUUUUGUUUUGUAAAGAUUAGUGUCCCUAGUUUGAUUCUAUGUAAAGUUGUGUUAAUCAGACUUAUAAAUUAAUUACGAUAAUUUUUCAAGUAAGUAGACGUCAUUGCUGGAAACUUUCUUUGGUAGUUUUGUUGUUGUUUUUUGUUGUGCACCUAUGGUUUUUACUAUGAACUACAUCAGUAGUAUAUCUGGAAAAUUGUUUUAUAUCACCUUAUCAAAGUGUUUACCAGCUAUUAUGUUUACAAGUUAUUUAACCAGCAUAAAUAUUUUGGUGCUCUGUUUUGAAGCAGCAAAGUAGUGAGUGUUUGCCCAAGUGGGAGAAGUGAUGUAAGAAAUAAAUUUUGGGCUUUACACUCAUGGCCUUAUUAUUAUUUUUAUGCUUCUCACUUUUGUUUCCAAUAAAAUUUCAAUCAUUUGUUUUGAUGGCAGGCUAUUUAGUUUCUUAGCUACUGAUCUUGUUUUACAAAGUAUGGAUAUUUGUCUAGGAAAUUAAAUUUGUGUUUAAGUUUUGCAGUCGAAUAAAGAUGCAUGCAGUUAUUAAUAUGUUAAUAUGUUUUUGGUUUCAAACAUAUGUUUGGCACAUUGUAUUUGGAAAAGUGCAAAUCAAACUACUAUAGUUACUAACACUAUGCAGACAGUAUUGAUAUUGAAAAUAUUGGCACACAAUCAAUCUCCAACUAAAUUUUUUGCCAGUGCGAGUGUUCAAAAGAUUGGUAUCUCGAAUGGGCAUCUACAAGACUUUUGAUUCAAUCAACCAGUGGGAGUAAAAGGUUAAUUUGCAGCUGUUCCAUUAAAUAUGUCUUCUCGUGUUGAGUUAUCAAUAAUGCAUACUACUGAUUUCUUACGUAUGAAUUGAUUUGCAGCUUAACAUAAUGCUUAAAUAAAUUGUGUUCUGGUGGUUUUGACAGAGAUUUUAAUGUUUUGAUUGAAAAUAUAUUGUUGAGUUCAACUAUGAAUUCAUCUUCAGUUUUAGUGGAUCAGUAUAAUAGUCAAUUCCAGUAGUGUUUUCUAGAAGUCUCCAUGAAAAGAAUGAAGCACUUCUGAAAAGCUGUCAGGGAUAUUGGCCUAUUAAAGUUCGUAAGCAUGGGGAUGGAUUGCUUUACUUCGAAGGUGGUGGUUGGAAAGAACUUGUGGAGCAGCAUGGGUUGGAACUUGGAGAAUUUUUGGUCUUGAAGCACCAAGGGAUUAAACUUUUGCUGGUUUUGUUGAUGUUUUCUGAUUUUGAACAGUGUGACCAAGCAUGUGUUUUCAUCAUUGAUGUUUAUAUUAUAUUUUAUUUUAUUUUCAGACAAUGUUAUUAAACUUUUGCCGGGAUUCUUCUUCUGUUGCUAGUACUAGCUAGUGAAUGAAUUUAUGAAUUCAGCCCUUGAUGGUGGAAAUAUGCUCAUUUUGAAAUUUCUAAUAUCCAGUUCUGUUUGAGUUAUAUGAAGGCUUUACCUUGUUUUGAUAGAAUUAUUGUUGACUGUUCAUUUCUUUCCUUAAUUAAAAUUUUCAUCUGAAAACAGAGAGCAGUUCUUGUGAAAGCUUGAUUGUAGGUUACUGAUGGAUGAUCUGGGUCGGGUUGUUAGGCCCAAACCCGUACCCGUUUAGGCCUGUGUUCUUUGGGCCUUCGGCCUUCAGGGCCACUACUGUACUGAAAAAAAAAGUUAAAAAAAAAAAAGAGAAACUGUAGAUUGUAAGCCGUACAGCAAAACGACAACGUUGCGUCAGUAUCUAGCAAUCAUCCAACGGCAACGGCUGCAUUAAACCCUUCCCGCCUUUUUAUUUUCCUUUUCCCUCUUCUUCUCUUUCCCCUCCCCAAUUCAGAGGCUCUCAAAAUUCAAAACCUAAAUUCACUGAUUUUACUCAAUUCUCUCACUCUCUCUAAAAUUCCAUAUUAAUUUUUCAACGUCUCCGGCGUCGCCCAAGAUGCUGAAGACGACGACGUUUAAGGGAGCCAAUGUCUUCAUGUCGCGGAACCUGGUCCCGCCCGAGAUCUUCGACGCCCUUCACGACGCUCUCAAGCUCAAUGGAGCCAAUGUCUUCCUCUGUUGCGACCCCUCGCGAACCGGGCCGGACGACUACCACGUCAUCGCUUCCUCCGAUCACGAAAAGUUUGAGGAUCUUAGAGCCAAGGGCUGUAAUUUGCUCGGCCCUCAAUGCGUGUUUUCUUGUGCAAACCAGCACAGGGCUCUGCCUAAACAAGGGUUUACUUGUUGCCUUGCAAUGGAUGGUUUCAAAGUACUUGCCUCUGGUUUUGAGGGUGACGAAAAGGCUAAGAUAGAGAAGUUAGUAACAGCAAUGGGGGGAGUUUUGCAUGCUAAAGCAUCUUUGGAUGUUAACUUUGUUAUUGUGAAAAAUGUCUUGGCUGGAAAAUACAAGUGGGCCUUGAAUACAUUAAAGAAGCCGAUUGUCACUAUUAAUUGGUUAUCUCAGUGCUGGAAUGAGCAUCGUAAUGUUCCUCAAGACUCCUUUAGGGUUCUUCCUUUUUCUGGUUUGAUGAUCUCUGUAACCAGAAUUCCAGCAGAUGAACGAAAGGAGAUUGAAAAGCUUAUCACAGAAAAUGGUGGAAAGUAUUCUGCUGAACUUACAAAGAAGUGCACGCAUUUAAUUUCUGAUGUUCCAGAAGGUGACAAAUACAAGGUUGCACAAAGAUGGGGCCAUAUUCGUAUUGUAACUCGGAAAUGGUUUGAUCAAUCUAUUUCUAGAAGAGCUUGUCUUAAUGAGGACUCCUAUCCUGUUCAAGGUGGUUCUAUAUCUUCAAAUAAAAGUGUAAGGGGUUGCUUUACUUUGCAGAAUAGCCAAAGGAGCAGUAGUGGGAACUUGCAAUCUGUGCCACCAUCGGUGGUUGCAGAUUCAAAUUUGACAGCUGCUCCUUGUUCUGGGACCAUGGAUUCUGAUUUAGAAGCUACUGUCUCACAAAACAUGACCACUAUGUUUUCUCAUGCUCCUCAUGUUGUGAAAAAUGAGGAUAGUAAAGCACCUCCCUUGGAGUCCAAAAGUGAAGCUUACCUUGAUGGUUGCGUUGCUGAUGAUUCUCAGUCUGAAGACAAUGACCUGUACUUGUCAGAAUGUAGAAUAUCUCUUGUUGGCUUUAAGGUUUCUGAAAUGCGUAGGUUGGUUAAUAUGAUUCGCAGAGGUGGGGGUUCCCGAUACAUGUCAUUCAAUGAUAAAUUGACACACAUAGUAGUUGGAACUCCUUCAGAAAUCCAAAAGAAAGAAGUGAGGGGUUUUGCUGCUUUAGGCGUAAUUCAUGUUGUUAGAACUACCUGGCUUGAUGACUGUGAUCGUGAGAAAAAGGAGAUCCCUGUUCUCCCAAAGCACAUUGCCUAUGAUCUAGUUCUGCCUGAAGGAGCACUGAUAGGUAUGACUAGCACGAUUCAAGGUACAAUCUCUACCACUCAUCUAAGCAUACCUUCUGAUCAGUUACAUGGGAAUACGAGUGCUGCAACUGGAAUGGGAUCGUUGGAGAAAAAGAGAGAAAAGAAACCAGAAAUUAACAUGAAAGGUGACAAAUCCAUGGAAGCAGCUGUUGGACCAUCUAAAUGGAGUAAACUACCUGUCAUAAAUGGCAAAAGUAAGGUUCAGUUAAACAAUACAAUUGACGGUCGACUGAUGAUGCAAUAUGAUUCAAGUGUUCAAAAUGGCAAGGAAUCAUCUGUCUUUAAGGGGAGAUUAUUUUGCUUUUCAAAUUCCUUUCCUGAAGAUAGGAGAGGUGAUAUCAUUCAAUGGGUAAAUCAAGGAGGAGGAGAUGUAGUUGAUGGUGAUUUAAAACAGAAAGUACACUUCACUAUUGAGUGUCAUGGUGUGAUAACUAGUUCUGUGGAUGUUGCUCAAACUACAUAUGUAUCAAGUCACUGGAUCCGGUCUUGUUUGGAGGAUGGUUGCUUGCUGGAUGUUAGUAGUCACAUUCUAUAUGCUCCACUUCCCUGCCGGAUUCCUUUGCCUGGAUUUGAAAACUUUCGGUUUUGUGUUUCGCAAUAUGAAGAGAAAGACAGACUGUUACUAAGAAAUUUGUGUUUUGUACUUGGAGCUAAAUUUGGGGAAAAGCUGACAAAGAAGGUUACCCAUUUACUAUGCAAGUUUACCAAUGGACCAAAGUAUCAGGCUGCUUGUAUAAAGGGGAUACACCCAAUUACAGCUGAGUGGGUAUAUGAGUGUGUGAAGAAGAAUAAAGUCGUUGCUCUUGACCAAUUUUAUCCAAAAAAAGUCACUGCUGAAGAUCGAGAGGCAGGGCUGUGUACUAUGAGUCAGUAUCCUACACAAGCCGUUCAAAUGAUAUCUGCAGGCAAUUCAUCUGAGUGUCCAAGUCAAUCACAAGACCUGAGAACCUCAUCAGGAGAAAACAUUGGCAGUAGAAAUGACAGCCUCAGGGAAGAGGCCAGCGAACCAAGUUUUUGCAAUAAGAAGGCAAGGGUUUCAGAAGAUGAUGGCGAAAAGGGUCUACUUUCGUCUGGGGUACAUUUACGUAUUCCUGCCUGUACCACUGGAGACAGAAAAGUAAAAAGUUCUGGUGAAGUUUCUCAAGUGGUUCCUGAUGUAGCUUCUGCUAUUGAGGACUUGUUGGAGCAGACAAGUAAGAUUCAUGAUCAGAAGUCACCAGGGAGGAGUUUGUGUGAUAGCAGUAUUUUUUCACCGGAGUGUUCGGCUCUUCGUCAAGACCACUCUGAUGCUCACUCUGUCAUUGGAUUAUCGAGACACUGGUUAAACAGGGCUGGGAAAAAAGAUGACAUCCACUAUCCUUCUGAAGAACAAAAAGCUGGCUUGUAUGAUGGCUUUAGUGAAACACAGACCGAGUCUCAGGUUGUAGGCUAUGAGGAAGAUUUGUCGGGCCGGCAAAUGCUUAUAGACAGAGUACGAACCCGUAGUAGCCUGGCUUGAAGUACUUGUGCAGUCCCCUCCUCAAACAAGGGUGAAGGUAAAUCUCAUUUUCGAGACAUUUUUUCAUUCUACGGCUUGGCAACAGACCAAUUGCUUGUUUGAGAGUUUAUAAUUAAACCCUGUCUGCUACUUUGAGCAAAUGCGAGAGUAGCAAUUCUUGGCGGGCAGUGGUGCAAGAUUUCAAGAUAAGGCUUUGACAGCAAGCUGUAUCUAUUGUGCAUGCCUGCCUGGAUGUGUAACAUGCAAGUUGUAUAUACUGUCUAUACAGAUAGUUAUUGUUAAGCAGCACCUCCAGAUAAAAAUUGGUGAAAAGAGUGCCCUUCUUUGCGGGGUCUAUUACAUA